AGCACCUCCGCCGCUAUAUCUAUAUCAGGAUGAGUCCAGCCUCCUCGCCUAGUUUUCUCCGCCUGCCACCUUGUCUCUGGGACCAAAGUCCACCCCACCGGCUCUUUUGGGUGUUAAGUUUUCUUUCUUUCUCUCUCUCUCUCUCUCUCUCUUUUUCCUUUUUCCGGAAUGGUCCAAGCUUUCGACUUCGCCAGUUUCCUCAAGUGAAUCUUUAGAUCGUCCACCUGCUUUGCCUUAAGAGGGAUCGUCCAAGCAAAUCUGCGAGAUCGGGUUCCCUGCCUUUUUCCCCCCCCCUCCUUUUCCUGGCAGCGACUCGAUCCCCUUUAUAUUACUUGCUGUUGUUAUUAUUAUUAUUCUUCCUAUUCCUAUUGCUCGUACGAUUUCCUUCCCCGCUUUCGGAAGGCUUCGCGGGCUCUCCUCUUUCGUCGCUGGAGCGCGCACGCGCCUGAGCGCGCGCACCCGGGGCAAAGACACAUAUGUAAAAAGCGCGGUUUGUCAAAGCUGGGGCUCUCGGCCGUUGAGGAAUCGCCGGAGGGUGGCGGUUACCGUCCCGCCGGGGCCCCCACAGCGCUUUAGCCUACUACGGCUUUUAGAUCUCACCUUUCGGAAAGCUCCUUGGGAACUAUCAUGGGAUAUUCGCUCGCCUCGUGGAAUCUUUUUAUUCCGGGACAUCUCGCCUCUUGAAAUUCCGCCCGGUGUGAAGGGACAGCUAAGAGAAUGAAGACUCUAAGUCCCCAGCGGAAGCAUGAUAUGGCGAUGCAGUGCUGGUGCUGAAUUGUUCUCUCUGAUGGCUCUAUGGGAGUGGAUAGCCCUGAGUCUUCAUUGCUGGGUUUUAGCGGUUGCUGCUGGUUCGGAUCAGCAUGCCACAAGCCCCUUCGACUGGCUUCUCUCUGAUAAGGGACCCUUCCAUCGCUCCCCGGAAUACACAGAUUUUGUGGACAGAAGCCGACAGGGAUUUAGCACAAGAUACAAGAUUUACAGGGAAUUUGGCCGUUGGAAGGUAAACAACUUAGCUGUAGAGAGAAAGAAUUUUCUUGGCUCCCCGUUGCCUCUUGCCCCUGAAUUUUUCCGAAAUGUAAGGCUACUAGGACGGAGGCCGACUCUUCAACAGAUCACAGAAAACCUUAUCAAGAAGUAUGGGACCCACUUCCUGCUGUCAGCUACUCUGGGAGGAGAAGAGUCUCUCACAAUUUUUGUGGACAAGCGGAAGCUGAGUAAAAGAACAGAAACAAGUGAUCCCAGCAUUAACAGUACCACAGUGACUCUGGAAACACUACACCAGCUGGCGGCCUCUUACUUUAUUGACAGGGACAGCACCCUGAGAAGACUUCACCAUAUUCAGAUUGCUUCCACUGCUAUAAAGGUGACAGAAACCCGGACUGGUCCUCUUGGCUGCAGUAACUAUGACAACCUAGAUUCUGUCAGUUCUGUUUUGGUACAGAGUCCAGAAAAUAAGAUUCAGUUGCAAGGUCUUCAGCUUAUCCUGCCCGAAUAUUUGCAAGAGAGGUUUGUGCAGGCAGCUCUGAGCUACAUUGCAUGCAAUUCAGAGGGAGAAUUUAUCUGCAAGGACAACGAUUGUUGGUGUCAGUGUGGGUCCAAAUUCCCAGAAUGCAACUGUCCAUAUAUGGAUAUUCAAGCUAUGGAAGAGAGCCUGCUACGCAUCAGUGAGACAUGGAAUACUUACAAUAGUGAUUUCGAAGAUUCAGAUGAAUUCAAGUUCUUUAUGAAAAGGCUGCCCAUGAAUUAUUUCCUCAACACAUCUGCCAUUAUGCACUUGUGGACAAUGGAUUCAAAUUUCCAGCAUCGCUAUGAGCAACUGGAAUCCAGCAUGAAACAACUAUUCCUUAAGGCACAGAAAAUUGUUCAUAAGCUCUUUAGCCUCAGUAAGAGGUGUCAUAAACAGCCACUCAUCAGCUUGCCAAGGCAAAGAUCAUCUCUCUAUUGGCUAAAUCGCAUCCAGUCCUUCCUUUACUGCAAUGAAAAUGGCCUCUUGGGCAGCUUUUCCGAAGAGACUCAUUCAUGUACGUGCCCGAAUGACCAGCUUGCCUGCCUUGGCUCCCUACCAUGUAGUGUGGGAGAUGGUUCUGCCUGCCUGACCUGUGCGCCUGAUAAUCGUACCCGCUGUGGGACCUGUAACACUGGAUACAUGCUGAGCCAAGGGCUUUGCAAGCCUGAAGUGGCAGAUUCCACAGAACAUUACAUUGGGUUUGAGACUGACCUCCAGGAUUUGGAGAUGAAGUAUUUAUUGCAGAAAACGGACCGCCGGAUUGAGGUCCAUGCCAUCUUCAUCAGCAAUGACAUGCGUCUCAAUAGCUGGUUUGACCCGUCCUGGCGCAAACGGAUGCUUCUUACCCUAAAGAGCAACAAGUAUAAAUCUAGCCUAGUCCAUAUGAUCUUGGGAAUGUCUCUUCAAAUUUGUCUUACUAAGAACAGCACCUUGGAGCCUGUCCUGGCUGUUUACAUCAACCCUUUUGGAGGCAGCCACUCUGAGAGUUGGUUUAUGCCUGUCAAUGAAAACAAUUUCCCAGACUGGGAGCGGACUAAACUGGACUUACCACUUCAGUGUUAUAACUGGACGCUGACUCUAGGCAACAAGUGGAAGACGUUUUUUGAAACAGUCCACAUUUACUUGAGGAGUCGUAUAAAGUCAAAUGGCCCCAAUGGCAAUGAUAGCAUCUAUUAUGAACCCCUGGAGUUUAUUGAUCCCUCCCGAAACCUGGGCUAUAUGAAAAUCAACAGCAUCCAAGUGUUUGGCUACAGCAUGCACUUUGACCCGGAAGCAAUCCGAGAUUUGAUUUUGCAACUGGACUACCCCUAUACUCAGGGAUCCCAGGACAGUGCACUCUUACAGCUACUAGAGAUACGGGACCGUGUAAAUAAUCUUUCUCCUCCUGGUCAGCGUCGUCUAGAUCUUUUCUCAUGCCUACUGCGUCACAGACUCAAGCUUUCUACCAGUGAAGUGAUGAGGAUUCAAUCGGCUUUGCAGACCUUCAAUGCCAAAUUGCCAAACACAAUGGAUUAUGACACAACCAAAUUAUGUAGUUAACCAUAAAUGUGAAGCACAACAGAAAAACAAACAAAUCAUGGAGGCGUUUUUACAGUGCUUUUGUGGAACAGUUUAUGUCUGGAAGAGUAAAUUUAAAUUGUCUUUUCAAUAUCUGUCUUAUAUCAGUCAAUAACGUUGGAUGGCAAUUUACACCCAUGAACUUGCUGACAAAUGAAUAUAUUAUAUCUGCAAUUUUUUUUGGCUUUGUUUUAUGAAUGAAAAUAAAUACUGACACCUGUCUAGGAGACAUUCUACUUUUUACAAUAAAUUUCAUUUGUAAUUUUAUAUGUUCCGUGGCAAUGCUUUUGUGCAUUACAUCCUCUAGAGGAACAUAAAAGGAUACCAAUAAAAUUUUGUAGCUGAACAGUUAUUAAAAAGAAA